AUGAUUCGACUGUCGAAAUUUUUGCUACUUCGUCCUGCCAUUAAUCGCAGUUGUACUCUUAAUUCAUCGAGAGGUUUCACCUCUUCCUCGACAAGAUGUAUUAAAUUCGACCCUUAUCAAGUUUUAGGCGUUGAUAAAAAUGCUAGCUCAUCAGACAUAAAGAAAGCUUAUUAUCAGCUUGUCAAGAAGUAUCAUCCGGAUGUGAACAAGGAAAAAGACUCCGAGAAGCGAUUUCACAAGAUUCAAGAGUCCUACGAAUUACUUAGUGACAAAGAAAAGCGAUCACAAUACGACAAGUUCGGGGCAGCAGGCUUCGAUUCAAAUGGUAAUACAAACCCUUUUGGAGGUAAUCCAUUUACUUCAAGAACCGGAAAUCCUUUUGAUGGUGCACAGGGCCACCCUUUUGGUGGAAUGGGUUUUGAUUUUGAGGAUCUCUUCAAGCAAGCUUUCACAGGCGGAAACGCCAGGGGAUCAAGCGGGACAGGUCAAUCACCAUUUGUCGCUAGACACGUUGGUGACAAUAUAGAGGUUCUCAAAUCCAUAUCCUUUCAUGAUGCCGUAUUUGGCACUAAAAUUGACCUCAAUUACAAGGCGAUUGACUCGUGCACGGUCUGUUUAGGGUCUGGUUUGAAGAAAGGCAAGAAGAAGAGUACAUGUCCCAGCUGUCAUGGAACUGGCCAGAACACACAUGUCAUUGGUGGUUUUCACAUGGCUUCCACCUGCCCAAAUUGUUCGGGGUCUGGUGUGGUCAUCAAUAAGGCGGAUGAAUGUGGCAGCUGUCAUGGAACGGGCGUGAAAGAACUUCCUCAGUCCAGAUCAGUAGAAUUGCCUUGUGGUAUUGCUGAUGGUUCACGUUUGAGGAUUCCUGGUGGAGGAGAUGCACCAUUUGUAACAAAAGACCGUUAUAACCAAAUUGUGCAUGGAGAUCUUAUCGUUCGUAUUCAUGUGAAGAAGGACCCCGUAUUUUCGAGAAAGGAUAAUAACAUCGUACUCUCACAUGAUAUUUCAAUGACUACAGCUGCUUUGGGUGGCGAGACAGUGGUACCAACGAUUGAUGGGGAGAAUGUAAAAUUGAGAAUAAGGCCAGGAGUACAGUCGGGAAGAACGCUCACGGUUCCUCAAAAAGGUGUCCCAAUCAAUGGGAAUAAGAAUAAUAGAGGUGACAUGCUCAUUAACCUCAAUGUAAAGACUCCGGUACCACAAACAGAACUACAGAAAGCGUUAUUACAAGCGUUAGCAGAUUCUUUUAACGAUAUGAACGCUCAGAAAUCGAACGGUCAUCUGCCACUAAAUCAGGAAAAUGAAGACAAAGGCGCAACUGAAAUUCAGGAUGAUGAACCUCAUUCUUCGAAGCUCGACAGCAUUAAGAAAACGCUAGGGAAAUUCUUCAAAUUUAAGGAUGACAAAUUCUCAAGCUAA